AUGGCAUUCGGACCACCGGGUGCGAACAGGCAGGCAGGGAGUCCUCAAUCUCAGUCGAGUGAGGAUAGCACCCUGCGAUUUGCCGAGGAUGGUACCUUUCAAAUCACUGUAUUCUCGGAUCUUCAUCUUGGCGAGAAUCCGGACACUCUCGAGGGCCCAGCAAGGGACAAGAGGACUGCUGAUGUAGUCAGAAAGGUGCUCGAACAUGAGAGUUCCCAGUUAGUCGUGCUUAAUAGAGAUCUUAUAUCAGGCUAUGGCUUGGCCUCCGACAACGCUACGUCAUACCUGGAUCAAAUCCUCGCACCGAUAAAUGAUACAGGUCUGCCGCGGGCUACAACAUACGGAAAUCAUGAUAACGAGUCUUUUUCAAGUACCCCAAAGCUAUUUGUAAGGGAGAAAGCUUACAGCAGAAGUCUGACCCAGGACAUGCUCCCCCUGAACCCCGAAGCAGGAGUCUCCAAUUACUACCUACUGGUCUUUCCAGCAUCUGGGGACCUCGACACUCCAGAACUGAUCUUGUGGUUUUUCGACAGUAGGGGAGGAGGUGAUAACAGGGACUGGGUUGAUUAUGUGAUGGCUCAGGCUAUUGCUUGGUUCCAAUCAACACGCCUCAAACUCAACAACCAAUACAACAAGACCAUCCCGUCACUUGCUUUCUUUCACAUCCCCAUCACUGGGGCAAGAGACUUCCAAAAGAGGCCAGGGAUUAGCCCUAGCAGGAAGCCAGGCAUCAAUGGAGAGGAUGUCACAAACCAAGGUGCCAUGUAUGGCGACUCGCCGGUGAGGCCGCAUGAUGACGAUCUCAUGAGAGCAUUGGGGAAAGCGAAUAGUCUUUUGGGUGUCUUCAGCGGUCAUGACCAUGAUAAUGACUGGUAUUUUAACUGGAAAGACACCAACUAUGUCAGGGGUGGAGGAUUUGAUUAUAUCGGAAUCCCCGUAUGCUAUGGGCGCAAUACCGGAUACGGGGGAUACGGAAACCUGGCCCGAGGUGCAAGACAAAUCUUUCUUAACAAAGACACUCUCACAGAGGAGGUGAUUUCAUGGAUUCGACUGGACGAUGGCAUGGUGACCGAAAAUGUCACGCUUAACUCAACAUUCGGGGAGGAUGAAUACCACCCCCUUCCGAAACAUAUGGAGCCCAGGCGGGGCGAGGCUACUGGUGCGGCAGACAGCCUCCACGUUGUUCCGAGUUUAUAUUCGGCGGCGCUUUGUCUAUUCUUGAUUUUUUGUUUCCCCUUCCGCUUGUAGACUUGGAUUGGAUCUGGAGGCCGACGUCUCAUCAGGCAUGCAGGGAGGAAAGGGAGCAAGCUUGCUGGCAUACUAACCACUCGAUGGUGGAGAGGAAGAAAUAAAAAGGCAGAAAAUGGGCGCGCCUCGCUAGUAGGCGAACGCGACCACGCAGCAGACGCCAGACCCGACUGGGCACAAGAUCG